UUCCCCCUUCCCCAGUGCCACCUGCAGCAGCACUUUACAGCAUGCCUGGCUCGCUUGCGCCCCUCUCCCCCCGUUGCGGCCAUGGUCGCCCGGGAGAGGCUCAAGACACUAGUGAGGCGCAGUGCUGCUGUGCUCUUGCAGCCUUCAAGCAGCCAAUCAGGAGCCGCCACGUGUCCAGCGUGUCGGGGGAGCCGUUCGGUGGAGGAGUGUGUGAAGAGGGCGGUGGGGCAGCGCAUGCUCAUGAACCCCCGUGCUCGCUUCGUGCUUGCUGCCACCACUCAUGCUGCUGCUGCUGCUGAUGGUGACAGUGGCAGUGGUAGCAGCAGCAGCAGCAGCAGCGGCGGCGGCGGUGGUGGCAGUGUGUUGAAGGCUGCAUACCGCCUGAUGUCUGUGUUCUCCCAUCCGCCACCGGCGCUGAUUCAUGCGCUUGAGCAGCAGCACGAGCAGCAGCAGCAGCACGAGCAGCAGCAGCAGCAACAACAGCUCCUACAGAGCCCACAGCAGUCAAACGUUACGGACGGCGGAGAAGUUAUUGAGGGGAAUGAAAUGGAGAGACCACUGCCACAGCAGCCACAGCAGCCAGACGCAAGAGAAGGAGGUCUAGGUGCUGUGCAGAGGGAAGGUGGUGUGCGGUUGCGUACACGGCUGCUGCAGGAGAAGGAGGAGGAGGAAGAGGAGGAGGAGGAGGAGGAGGAGGAGGAGGAGGAGGAGGAGGAGGAGGAGGAGGAGGAGGAGGAGGAGGAGGAGGAGGAGGAGGAGGAGGAGGAGGAGGAGGAGGAGGAGGAGGAGAAGCGGGAUGACAAGGAGAAGACAAAGGAUGAGGUGGCUGAGAAGGAGGAGAGUGAGGGAGUGGUGAUGCGAGAGGGGCAGGAGAGUCAUGAGCCACAGCCGAAGCCACAGCGAGAGCCCUUACGUCCUCUGCAGCAGCAGGCACAGCAGCAGCAACAGCAGCAGCAGCAGCAGCAGCAGCAGCAGGUGCACAAGAGCACUUUACCCCGCAUCUCCCUGCUCCUAGCCUCACAGCUGCAGUGGAGUCUAGUGCGUGGAGGCUUGGUGGAGCAGCACAGUGAGCGUGGGCCGCUUUCAAGAAGAACGCACAAUGACCGUUUGGUAGGGCACAGCAUGCAUGACUUUCAUGACUUUCAUGACUUUCUUUCGAGAGCUUUCAAGGGCCACUUGGUGGAAAGGGGUCCAGUGGUUGUUGAGGGCGGCAGGGUGGUGGAUCAGGUUGGUGAUAGGGGGGGGAACUGGGAGGAUGGGGAGGAAGAGGAGGAAGAGGAGGAGGAAGGAGAAGGCGAGGGGGCUGAAGGCACGAAAGAUGAUAGUACAGGCGGUGAUGGUGGUGGUGGUGCUGCUGCUGCUGGUGCUGGUGCUGCAGGAUAUGAGGAGGACAGGACUAGUUUCGAAGGGAGCUUGGCGUUUCCAUGUGCUGGGGAUGGGCUUGGAUUGGACAGGUUGAUGCCUACGGUUGGAGUUGCAAAUGCGUCUUCAGCAGCAGCAGCAGCAGCAGGAGAAGCAGGAGGGGGGGGGGAGCUGAAGGAGCAGCAGGAGCAGGUGGUGAUGUGUGUUGUCCUGUGGUGCUGUCUCCGUCUGGACGGGUGCUUCUACAGCGGAAGGGGUUUUGAGCUCUCAGAAACCCCUCAGCUUUCAGCUCUCUUGACAGCAGCCCAGGCGCAGUAUCUCAUAUUCGCCUACCAUUCCGGAGACUCUGCAUUCAUCCAAGCCCAGGCGUCGUCCCUCUCAGGGUCCUUCCUCGCCUCCUCGCCUCUCUGCCACCCUCUCGCGCUGCCGCCGGUCCCAGUGCAUUCUCUCCCCUUGGUGCAGUACUCGCAAUUCCAAGCAUCGUCACAUGCACUGCUGUGCUCUGUGGACACUCCGCCUGCUGGUGUAUCCUGGGCUAGCAUCGCCUUAGCCAUGCACACAAACACACGCUCGCAGGCUGCUAAUGCUGCUGCUGCUGCUGCUGCUGCUCUUGCUGCUGUUAGAUCUGAAGCCAAUCAUACAGGAAUCGAUAACGCUGGAGAAGGGGAUAAAAGGCGGCAGAGGGAGGCGAGAGAGGCUGGGGAGGAAACGGAGAAGGAGAGGAAAGAGGAGGAGGAGAAGGAGGAGGAGGAGGAGGAGGAGAGGGAGGAGGACGCGUUGCUGUGGUUGUUGACGAGUGGGCAGUGGCGCAAGGUGGCGCUUCUCAGCAAUCCAUACCUGCGUGCUGCUCGAUCCUUCCUCCACGUCUGCCAUCUCAUGCUGGAGGAGCCUACUCAGCUUGCGUGCAGCAGCAGCAGCAGCAGCAGCAGCACAUCAGCUGCUGCUGCGGCUGUGCUGUUCCAGCAGUAUGUGUGUGGUACAGGCCGAGCAGCACAGGUGGCACGGGAGCAUGCACGGGCUACUAGGGAAGCGUCUGUUUUUGUGCAGCAGGUGAGAAACUGCCAACCAGCACUUUGGUUGGGGUUGUCGAUUUCGUCGCAAGUUGACGAUUCUGUUGCAGUUGCAAAUCGUGCUGCUGUUGCCAUUGCUCCGCUCUGCAUAACACACCCUUCUCCAUUCUGCAUAAUCCGCACGCCGUUCACUUCGUAUCCUUCCUCUCCACCUCCCCCUCCCACUUCCCCACUGGUCUCUCUCCCUGCCAUAUCCACUCUCUCCCCUCCCUUCUCUCUCAUCCCCUCCUCCUCCUCCAUUUCUCUCCCCUCCCUUCCAGGCCUCUUUUGGACCUGCACAGCAGCACCCCAUUCGCCUUCUUAA